UCUUGAGGAAACCAUCCUUUAAGGCCCGCUCCCAGGACAUGAGUGAGCUGGAAAGGGAGACAGAAGAGGAUGAAGGGGGUGCCUCAGACACAGCACCCAUGCUACCCCGAAGGAGGCCGGCCGAUCACCAGAUUUCAGGAGUGACAUGCCCAGGGUGGCCUAUCCUGGCUGCCCUCUUGCUGUCUGCCCGGGCCCUAGCUAGGUUCCUGUUUCACCUGCUGCUACCUGGGACAGUCUUCGUGCUGGUGUUGCUGCCAGCAGCUGCUGUUGUCUACCUGGGAUUCCUGUGCCACUCAAGGGUUCAUCCAGCCCCGGGUCCACGCUGCCGAGCGCUGCUCUCGGACCGAGGCUCCGCGGCGCUCAUAGUGUUCGGAUUCCUCUCCCUGCCGCCGCUGCUGGUGCUGGCCUCGGCCGCCCGCUCCCUCCUGGUCCGGCGACUGCGCCCUGUACUGCCUGCCCCAGCGAGCACCUCGGACCCACGCCAACCGCCCGGGAGCCGCGAAGAGGGUCUGGCGAGCGGCCGCCUGGACAGGGACAAACAGCUCUGCGCUUGGGUCUGACGCCCCUGAGUGCAGUGCUCGACGGCUCCAGGGCAUGGCAACCAGAGGAAGGAAAGACAGUGUCCACUCCCACCUGUGGUCAGCAGCCAGUUUUGUGGACAUCUAUGUCCCCCAAAGCCAUGCAUGCUUCUAGAAGCUCCAGUGUAGCCAAUAGCAACCAGAUUUCAUGGCUCAUCUUGUCACUCAGGGGUCAGCUGUGUCCUCCAAG